AAUGUAAUUUGAAACAUGGCAACUUGUAUUUCGUUAUUUCCAGCAGGAACCCUAAAAAUUCAGAUAAUCCAAAGAAAAAGCGGACAAGUGAUCAAACAUCAGCUCACCAUGGCCGCCGAGGUGAAGCUAAUGAACGAGAUUGAAGCGACGGCUGCACAAAUGGACAUCGAUAUGAACAUAGAUUUCAGCUCCAUCCAACUUCCUCCCGGUGAAAACUUUGGCAUCAUCAGUGACGACGAGGAUGUUUACCAUGAUGACCAAUUAGAGUUAGAUUCCGGAUUUGGAAACGUCAUUGUUGUCGAUAAUCUUCCUGUUGUUCCUCGUGAAAAGUUUGAGAAACUCGAAGGUGUUCUUCGAAAAAUCUAUAGUCAGAUCGGGGUGAUUAAGGAAGAUGGUCUCUGGAUGCCCGUAGAUCCUGAGACGAAGAAAACCCUAGGUUACUGCUUUAUAGAGUAUAAUACUCCUCAGGAAGCUGAACUUGCUAAGGAGAAGACUCAUGGGUAUAAGUUGGAUAGAGCUCAUAUAUUUGCUGUGAACAUGUUCGAUGAUUUUGACAAGUACAUGAAAGUUCCUGAUGAAUGGGCUCCACCCGAGAUUAAACCCUACACACCAGGGGAAAAUCUUCAAAAAUGGCUUGCUGAUGAGAAGGCACGAGAUCAAUUUGUGAUUCGUGCAGGCACUGAUACCGAGGUUCUAUGGAAUGAUGCAAGGCAGUCUAAAACUGAGCUUGUUUACAAACGCACUUACUGGACUGAGAGCUUUGUUCAGUGGUCUCCCAUGGGUACAUACUUGGCAACAGUUCACAGGCAAGGAGCAGCAGUUUGGGGAGGUGCCAAUACCUUUAACCGUCUAAUGCGUUAUGCCCAUCCUCAAGUUAAACUUAUUGAUUUUUCUCCUGGUGAGAAAUUUUUGGUGACAUACAGCAGCCAUGAACCAAGCAAUCCUCGUGAUGCAAAUAGGGUUGUGAUAAAUAUUUUUGACGUGAGAACUGGAAAAGUGAUGAGAGAUUUUAAGGGAAGUGCAGACGAAUUUGCAAUUGGAGGUGCUGGUGGUGUUGCUGGUGUUUCUUGGCCUAUUUUCAGGUGGGGAGGUGGAAAGGAGGACAAGUACUUUGCCAAACUUGGGAAGAAUAUGAUAUCUGUUUAUGAAACAGAGACCUUUAGCCUUAUUGACAAGAAAUCUUUGAAGGUUGAGAAUGUUGUGGAUUUCAGUUGGUCACCAACUGAUCCCAUCAUUGCACUUUUUGUUCCUGAACUUGGUGGUGGAAACCAACCUGCUAGGGUGAGUCUAGUUCAAAUACCUGGAAAAGAGGAAUUGAGGCAGAAGAAUCUUUUCAGCAUUAGUGAUUGCAAAAUGUACUGGCAAAGCAAUGGUGAGUAUCUUGCUGUGAAGGCUGAUCGUUAUACAAAAACAAAGAAAAGCACGUACACUGGGUUUGAGCUCUUCCGCAUCAGAGAAAGGGACAUACCAAUUGAAGUUUUGGAACUUGAUAAUAAAAAUGACAAGAUUAUUGCCUUCGCUUGGGAGCCCAAGGGACACAGAUUUGCUGUUAUACAUGGCGAUAAUCCAAGGCCUGAUAUUAGCUUUUACACAAUGCGAAGCACUCACAAUUUAGGCCGUGUUUCAAAGCUCACUACUCUAAAAGGCAAGCAGGCAAAUGCUUUAUUCUGGUCACCUGGUGGCCGCUUCAUAGUACUUGCUGGAUUGAAGGGUUUCAAUGGUCAAUUGGAAUUCUUCAACGUUGAUGAGCUUGAAACCAUGGCGACUGCUGAACAUUUUAUGGCAACAGAUGUUGAAUGGGAUCCCACUGGAAGGUAUGUUGCCACUUCAGUGACUUCAGUUCAUGAAAUGGAGAAUGGUUUCAACAUAUGGUCCUUCAAUGGCAAGCUACUUUACCGGAUACUGAAGGAUCAUUUCUUCCAGUUCCUGUGGCGCCCAAGGCCGCCAUCAUUCUUGACUCCCGAGAAGGAAGAAGAGAUUGCAAAGAACUUGAAGAAGUACAGCAAGAAAUACGAGGCAGAGGACCAAGAUGUAUCGAUGCUAUUGAGCGAGCAAGAUCGUGAGAAGAGAAGGAUGCUGAAGGAGGAAUGGGAAAAAUGGGUUGAGGUAUGGAGGCGGGCACACGAGGAGGAACAACUGGAGAGGCAGAAGUUGAGGGAUGGAGAAGCCAGCGGUGAAGAAGAAGAAUACGAGGCCAAAGAAGUUGAAGUAGAGGAAGUGUUGGAUGUGUCAGAAGAGGUCAUAUCAUUUGAAGAUUGAAAGCUGAAGAAGCAAACGAACUCAGUGGCACUUGAUUCUUCAGUAUGAUGAUGUUACCUUCUUUUUGGAGCUGAAGUCAUUAUUAGAGAUAUUUGUUCGAGAGUUUUGGGUCAUGACAUUUAUGUUUGAGUGGGUCGGUGAGCACUGGACUGAGGUUAAUGUUAGAUUAGAAUCAGAUAUAUAA